GGAGCUCCCGGGCCGAGAGGUGCGGCUGGAAGUAGAGGUUUGAGAGGGAAUAGAGGCGCUCUCGGAUAUAAAGGAACGACAGGGGCUGACGGCAUUGUUGGACAGCCGGGUGAGAAGGGACAACCAGGAGAGAGAGGGCCCGUUGGCUUAAUGGGAAUACCAGGACCACCAGGAGAGCCAGGAAAGGAUGGAAUGCCUGGUUUUGCAGGAGAAAGAGGGCCAAUAGGUUUGCCCGGUUCUAAUGGACAACAGGGACCACCAGGGCCUGUGGGCCCCAUUGGCAAUGAGAACCUGGAGUUUCUGGACCGCCAGGAAUGGCGGGUGAGUCAGGAUUACCCGGAGCUGUUGGCAAAGAAGGACAAACGGGUCAACCCGGACCUAUUGGAGCUCCUGGUUCUCAGGGCGCCAUUGGUUCACAAGGACCACCCGGUGACCGAGGAUUACCCGGACCUCCAUCUACCUUGGGGUCCACAAGGCGUCAAGGGCUCAAAUGGUGAGACUGGACCCGUUGGUAUUCCCGGGCCUAAGGGCGACUCAGGAAUAGCAGGAGAUAGAGGGCCUCCAGGCGAUAAUGGCAGAGAAGGACCACGAGGGCCGAGUGGAUCUAUAGGUGGAAAGGGAGAUAAAGGUGAUGUCGGUUUUGCUGGUCCUCCCGGUAAAGAUGGAAAAGAUGGCCUUAAACACAGGGACCUGUGGGCCCUCCAGGACAACCAGGAGAUGAUGGAGAUAAAGGAGAACAGGGAGUGUCCGGAGAGAAAGGUGAACAAUUGCUUUCAGGGACCCAAAGGACCAAUUGGUUUGCAGGGAGAUGUUGGAGAAAAAGGCCCGAUUGGACCCAUCGGAGAACGCGGAGCACCCGGUCUGUUGGGAUUGACAGGUCCUAAAGGAGAUGAUGGGCCUAUGGGCUUACGGGGUCUUCCAGGGACUCAUGGAUUACAAGGUUUACCCGGACCCGUGGGUCCUAGAGGUGAAAAGGGUGACCAUGGUAAAUCUGGUCCUCCAGGAAAUCAAGGACCCCCUGGCCCACAAGGGAACCAAGGAAUCACUGGACAAAUAGGUGCUUCUGGAUCACCCGGUCCUGAGGGGAAAUCUGGCCAAAAAGGAGAAACUGGUCUGAAUGGUGCUCCGGGUCCUAAAGGCAACAAUUGUGAUACAGGAGAUGGAGGUCCUCCCGGCCCUAAAGGUGAUGAGGGAAUAGCUGGACCACCCGGUCCUUCGGGAGAACCGGGUUUGCCCGGAUCUGAAGGCAAUAAAGGAUUAGCAGGUCUUCCAGGAAUGCCAGGCGCUGAGGGAACUCCUGGUUUACCCGGAAUCAAAGGCGAACCUGGUAAUAAUGGAAUUGAUGGCAAUACAGGAGUUCCCGGCCCGCAAGGUGCUACCGGAGCCCCAGGAAAACAGGGUAUGAGUGGACCGACAGGUCAGCCGGGAUUGAAUGGUCUGUCCGGACCUCAAGGGGACGUGGGCUCAACAGGAGAAAAAGGUGACACUGGAGUGAUUGGUGAAAAAGGACAGCCGGGCCCUAUAGGUCCUAUGGGUCCAUCAGGAAAUGUUGGAGACCCCCCUCUCAGAAACUGA